UCCUGAGUAGCUGGGACUACAGGCGUGUGCCACCAUGCCCAGCUAAUUCUUGUAUUUUUAUUAGAGACAGGGUUUCACCAUGUUGGCCAGGAUAGUCUUGAUCUCUUGACAUUGUGAUCCGCCCACCUUGGCCUCCCAAAGUGCUAGGAUUACAAGUGUGAGCCACUGUGCCCAGACACCCCUGGAGUUUUCAAUUCUAUAGGUCUGAGACGGGGCCUACAUUCUCUGUCUUUCAGGUAGAAAGACCUAAAAGAAUGUACAUUUCUAACAAGAAUGUACAUUUACCUGAAGGACCUAAAGACCUUUAAUUUCUAAGUUCCUAGCUUGUCUGAAGACCUCACUUUGAGAAGCAAUGCUCUGGAUUAACCUUCUGUUGACUGCCUUGGCAUGGAAGUGGCACACAUCACUCUAUUCAUGUGGACCCACUUAGAUGCCAGGCUGGGGAGGGAAUGUGGCUCCAAGUCCACCUGAUUACCUCCCAAUCUCUGCCAUGCCUAGCAGAUCCAAAGACAACAUCCUUCUGCAAAAAACAAAACAAAACAAAAAAAACCCUAUGGAAGUGCAAGGCCUGGCAGAAGCCACCAUUCCCUUUAGCUGCCACGAUCUUACUGGUUGUCUGUGGAAGAGGACACAUGCCUUUCCUUUCUCUGGUCUCCUCCAAGAGUCCUUGUUUUAUAGUAGUCGUGGGUCCAGCUCAAAUAGCACUUUCUCAAAGACGUCUUCUCUGAUUGCCUAGCCUUACCGUUCUUUUCCUUUUUUGUGCUUUCUCCAGCUUUCCAGAUUCUCAAACUAAGUAAUUGUGAAACUCUCCGAUGCACCGGGCCCAGGGGACCAAGGGUGUAGUCAGAGGCUGGGCAACAAGGUGCCAUCAGUAGCCCAGGGAUUUGGUGCACCUUCACCCGGACACCAACUUAAAACCCUUGGAGUUGCUUUAAUGGGGCCCGCCACCCUGGGAGCAAUCCCAGACCCAGGACUCCCAGGUCGUCCUCAAGAACAGGCAGGAGGUGGAGGUGCGGGAAUUGGGCCAGUCUUGCAGGGGAGCUGUCAGGAAUUCCCGGAGCGUCACAUGCUAGAGUGCGGUCACGUGCGCGGACGCCAGACACGUGCUGGGCUCUCAGAAAACGGUCUCCGCAGUCGCCAGGUGACGCCUCCCCAGCCUUAUGGCCGUCUCUUGGUCGAACCUCGGUGCGGGGCCGGGAGCCUCCAGGCCCUCGGUCCUGAGCCAUCGCGUCCUACUGCCGCUGCUUCUCCUGCUGCCACUGAGCUCGGGUGAGGAGUCAGAGAGACCUGCUCCAGUGCAGUGCGGGCUCCCUGUGCGACGCUGCGUCCAUCAUCCUCACAUAGGUUCUAAAGAGGACACCACCAGUCCAGUUUGUGGUGAGCCCUGGUGGUCGGAAGAUUUGGAAAUGACCCGCCAUUGGCCCUGGGAGGUGAGCCUCCGGAUGGAAAAUCAGCACGUGUGUGGAGGGGCCCUCAUUGACCCCAGCUGGGUGGUGACUGCGGCCCACUGCAUCCAAGGCACCGAAGAGUACUCAGUGGUGCUCGGUACCUCUAAGCUGCAGCCUAUGAACUUCAGCAGGGCCCUCCGGGUCCCUGUGAGGGACAUCAUUAUGCACCCCAAGUACCGGGGCCGGACCUUCAUCGUGGGUGAUGUUGCCCUUGUCCACCUUCAAACACCUGUCACCUUCAGUGAGUACGUGCAGCCCAUCUGCCUCCCGGAGCCCAACUUCAACCUGAAGGUUGGGACGCAGUGUUGGGUGACUGGCUGGAGCCAGGUUAAGCAACGCUUUUCAGCCAACUCCACGCUGACCCCAGAGCUGCAGGAGGCUGAGGUGUUUAUCAUGGACAACAAGAGAUGUGACCGGCAUUACCACAAGAAGUCCCUCUUCCCCCGAGUCAUCCCCCUUGUCCUGGGGGACAUGAUCUGUGCCACCAAUUAUGGAGAAAACUUAUGCUAUGGGGAUUCUGGGGGGCCAUUGGCUUGUGAAGUCGAGGGUGGAUGGAUUCUGGCUGGGGUGUUGUCCUGGGAAAAGGCCUGUGCAAAGGCACAGAAUCCAGGCGUGUACACCCGCGUCACCAAAUACACCAAAUGGAUCAAGAAGCAAAUGAGCAAUGGAGCCUUCUCAGGUCCCUGCGCCUCUGCCUGCCUCCUGUUCCUUUGCUGGCUGCUGCAGCCCCGGAUGGACUCCUGACCUCCCUACCCCUUCCUCCUCCUGCCUCACCUCUGCUGAAUGGGGCCAGAUGGAGGUUGAACCAAGGUCAUGUGUCCAUCUGCAACAAGAGUCAGGGUGGGGAAGAUUAACCCCUGGGAGAAUGGGUCUGGCUUUGGCAUGCCAGCGAGGAGAACUGUGGUGGAUGACUAGGCUUUGGGUAAGCAGGAGCAGAGAAGUGUGGCCUGGAAAGAUUCUGGAAUCUCGGACCAGGAGAGUAGGGAUUAAACGUGUAUAAACUUGA